AUGUAUGAUUCCUGGUACUGCGUUGAGUUUCAUGCUGUUCCACCAGCUUCUUCCAAAGUUCAUGGGGUAUUCCAUCCAUUCCAGUGGCUUUCCCAUUGGUACCUCAUCAAUCUCCAUGUCUCUGGUCAGCUGGUCAGCUACCUCUACUGCCUCUUGGAGGCUCUCAUGACCUGCACCAUGUUUUGCCCAUGGUUUCAGCUUCCAGGCAGUAUUUCGCUGCAGUCCUGUCACGUGCCUUGCCUAUCUAGUAUAGGGGUGGUUGUCCUCGCAUAUUCAUGUAUGUACUGCAGACCUGUGGGUUAUUAUCCUCUGAUUUCUUCAGUGACAUAUAUUCAGUCAACUCUUGACCUCCUACCCAAUCUAUCAGACCAUGAGGCCCCAGCAGCUGUGGGGGCAUUCUGCUUCAGGGCAAUCUCCAGAAGUCAGCAUUUUCUGAUUCACAGUUCGACACUGGUGAAAUUGUGCAUGGAGGCUGUCAAUUGUAUCUUCCCUGAGGGAAGCUAUAGUAAUAUUGGCUCUCAAGGUUUUGCUCCCUUGAGUUACCACACGCUGAGGCCGAGGGCCAUGUCUCUCACACCGCCACCAGGCGCCUACCACUCUGCUGAGGGGUGGUUACUGCCUGUAUGGCAUUUGGCGGCACUCUUGGGGCCAUCUGUCUGGCCUCUACACUUUGCGUGUGUUGUGCAUCCCUGGCAUGAUGCCCCACUCCCCCAGAGCUCGCCUGGUUGA